AUGUCUUUAGAGACGAGCAAGAAUGCCGGCACAGAAAAGAGAAUACCCUCGGAUGAUACGGCUGACAUUCAUCAUGGAGUGCUCUCUGAUAUAAAAGGUGAUGGAGCUACAGGUAUCAAUGGCCACACGCAGGCCAUGCCACAACAAUUCAGCUGGCUAUCGGCACUCGGAUUUGGCUUCUCAAUUACGAACUCUUGGGUUGGAUAUUUGAGCUGCUUCGGACAGACCCUGACUUAUGGGGGCGCCCAAGCCUGUAUCUUUAGCAUGGUCGUGGCUUUUAUGGUGCAGCUGACUGUCACUCUCGGGCUUGCAGAGCUCGCGUCUGCUUAUCCAUCAAGUGGCGGGCAAUAUCACUUUUGUUAUAUCCUCAGUCCGAAACGCACAAAGCGGUACAGUGCCUAUGUUGUGGGCUGGCUUUCGGUACUGGCCUGGUGGAUCGUCACUUGCUCUGGGAUCUCACCGACAGUAGCCAUCAUCAACGAUAUUGCCAAUUUCUGCAAUUUGGGAUAUGUCGCCAACCAGUGGCAGACUUAUCUGACGUAUGUAGCGGUGGCUGUUAUAACUAUAAUCCCUGUGUUUGUGGUAUCGCAGAAAAUCUCCCUCGUCACUCAGUUUGCGCUCUACCUAUCACUCGCAGCAUAUCUUGUAGUUUUCAUUGUCAUUCUCACCAUGCAUCAAGAGGUCCAACCGGGGUCUUUUAUCUUGGCAUCUGGACAGGGCAAUAGCGGAUGGAGCAGAGGUACAUCGUGGUUGUUGGCGAUUACCAAUUCAUUAUAUGCUUUUGGCGGCACAGAUGGAGUCAUUCACAUUUGCGAAGAGCUUCCUCGACCAGGGAGACGUGUGCCGCAGGUAAUGAUCAUGACGAUGAUAAUAGGUCUACUCACCAGCUUAUCAUUAUUCAUCGCAUUGAUGUUCUUCAUCGAAGACAUGGACGCAGUUCGCAAUGCAUCAAUACCCAGCAUGGAACUAAUAUACCAAAUAACCAAAAGCCGACCCAUCACACUCGGACUAUCCAUCGUCCUCACCAUCAUCUACGCCUCUGCCCUUCCCUCCCAAUGGGUAACAUCCGGCCGCAUCGCAUGGGCAUUCGCUCGAGACAACGGCAUACCCUUCCCCGAAUUCUUCACCCAAAUCCACCCCACCCUCAACUUCCCAGUGCACACCACCCUCGCCGCCCUAAUUUUCAGCACCCUCUACGGCCUCCUCUACCUCGCCUCCACCACCGCCUUCACCAGCAUCAUCACCUCCGCCGUCCUCUUCCUCAAUAUCACCUACACCGUACCCCAGGGUAUUCUCCUAACACGAGGGAGAGGAUGUCUUCCACAACGGUACUUGAAUUUAGGGAGAUUGGGAUACGUGUGUAAUAUGUUGUCGGUGGUGUGGAUUAUUAUACUGGGUGUGUUGGUUUGUUUGCCCAGUGGGGGACCGGUUGUGGAUCUGGGGGAUAUGAAUUAUGUGUGUGUGAUUUUGGUCGCUGUGUUUGGGGGGAUUAAUCUGUUGUGGAUGGGUGUGGGGAGGGGGAGGUUUGUUGGGCCGGUUGUGGGGUGA